AUGGCUGGCGACAUCACCCCACCCCCUGCACAAGACAAGGUACCCACUCUUCCUGAUCGACCUGAGGGAAAAUACAGAGGCGAGCUUCAGCCCGAGGAAUACUUCUGGCGAGAUCACCAACGAUGGCUACAAGAGCAAGGCUAUAUGUUGCGUUCGCGCUAUAGCCCGGACUGGGUUCCCUCCUGGAAGGAAAAACACAAGCCAUUCUGGCAGUGUGAUGACGGCCAAGCUAUCAUGGUUCCUCACCUCCUCGACGCCACACGGGCAUCCGAUGGCUCGCUGGUAGUGCUGAAGCGCAUCCUUGUCUCGGAACAUCCGUAUGAGGUUGAAAUUAGCCAGUUCUUCUCUUCUGAGCCUCUAGUUUCGGAUCCUCACAACCAUUGCAUAUCCAUAUAUGACGUCCUUCAUGUCCCAGAUGAGGAUGGCAUGGUUAUCCUGGUGAUGCCCCUCAUGCGGCGCUAUGAUAGCCCUCCCUUGCAAACUGUAGGUGAGACAACAGAGCUCUUCCGCCAGAUAUUCGAGGGCCUGCAAUUCAUGCACCAACAUCAUGUUGCUCAUCGCGAUUGCAUGAACCUCAACAUCAUGAUGGACCCGCGACCCCUUUUCCCCGAGAUGUACCACCCCCGCCUCAUUGAUUGGUCGCGCGACCUCACACACCCAGCCAAACACCACACCCGCACCGCGCGCCCGACCAAGUACUACUUCAUCGACUUCGGCCUCUCUCGGCGGUAUGACCCUGCUAGCGGCCCUCCACGCGAAGUUCCGAUUCACGGAGGAGAUCGGUCGGUACCAGAAUUUCGCAACUCGAACGAGCCGGUGGACCCGUUCCCGACGGAUGUGUACUACGUUGGGAACCUGAUUAGGGAGGAUUUCCUGCAGAAAUACCACGGGGUGGAGUUCAUGCAGCCGCUCGUAGACGACAUGGUACAAGACGAACCUACAAAGCGACCGACGGCCGAUGAGGUCGUUGCGCGAUUCGGCACGAUUCAGUCUUCGCUGAAUAGUAGGAAGCUCCGCUCGCGCCUGGUGGAGAUUAACGAGAGCCCGGUUCGUCAUAUUGUGAACGGAGUAAAGCAUGCUUUUGAUACGCUUGGAAAUAUUGCCACGUCCCAUUCCCCCAUUCCGAGGCCAUAG